CUUGUUCCCGUCUUUAAUGUGCAAUCUGUUUUCUCCAGCGGAGGGCACUCAGUGUAUCACAAACUCCAGCAUUAGCACCAACCAGCUCUGAGCACCAUCAGUCUCCGGAAAGCCUUCUGAAUUAGACAAGGGCUGCCUCUCAGCACAGCUACAAAACACUUUCAACCUGACCAGCUAAAUGGAUAAACCUAGCCCGCAUAGCUUUUAAACUGGGGUCUCACACAGCACAGGCGGCCUGCUUGCUUCAACAACUGAAAAAUCCUGAGGAUGAAUUGCUUUAUCUGGGAAUGGCAAAAGCCAGCACAAUAAGGAAUGCCAGUUUACAUGGGGCUACUGGCUCACAUGCGGGCUGAGAAUGGUUUGAAAGACAGCUGCACUGUGUCAUGAAGGUGGUGGUGAUUUCUACAGGAGAGACCAAAUAAGAAGAAAGCUGAGAGAGGGGGGCAGACGUUUUUUGGAUGACAAAGGAUGGGUUUCCGUCUAAUCACGCAGCUGAAAGGCAUGAGUGUGUUUCUGGUGCUAUUUCCCACCCUGCUGCUGGUUAUGCUGACGGGGGCUCAGAGAGCUUGCCCGAAGAAUUGCAGAUGCGAUGGCAAGAUUGUGUACUGUGAGUCUCACGCCUUUGCAGACAUCCCUGAGAACAUUUCUGGAGGGUCACAAGGUUUAUCCUUAAGGUUCAACAGCAUUCAGAAACUCAAAUCCAAUCAGUUUGCCGGCCUUAACCAGCUUAUAUGGCUUUAUCUUGACCAUAAUUACAUUAGCUCAGUGGAUGAAGAUGCCUUUCAAGGGAUCCGCAGACUGAAAGAAUUAAUUCUAAGCUCCAACAAAAUUACCUAUCUGCACAAUAAAACAUUUCACCCAGUCCCCAAUCUCCGCAACCUGGAUCUCUCCUACAACAAACUUCAAACCUUGCAAUCUGAGCAGUUUAAAGGCCUCCGGAAACUCAUCAUUUUGCACUUGCGAUCCAAUUCCCUAAAGACCGUGCCCAUAAGGGUUUUUCAAGACUGCCGGAACCUUGACUUUCUGGAUUUGGGUUACAAUCGUCUCAGAAGCUUAUCCCGAAAUGCAUUUGCUGGUCUUCUGAAGUUGAAGGAGCUCCAUCUGGAGCACAAUCAGUUUUCAAAGAUCAACUUUGCGCAUUUUCCUCGCCUCUUCAACCUGCGAUCCAUUUACCUGCAGUGGAACCGGAUCCGCUCUGUGAGCCAAGGCCUAACAUGGACCUGGAGUUCCUUGCACACCUUGGAUCUAUCAGGGAAUGACAUCCAAGCGAUCGAGCCUGGCACAUUUAAAUGCCUCCCCAAUUUGCAAAAAUUAAAUUUGGAUUCCAACAAGCUCACCAACGUCUCCCAGGAGACCGUGAAUGCAUGGAUAUCCUUAAUAUCCAUCACCUUGUCUGGAAACAUGUGGGAAUGCAGUCGGAGCAUCUGUCCUCUGUUCUACUGGCUGAAGAAUUUCAAAGGGAAUAAAGAAAGUACCAUGAUAUGCGCAGGGCCUAAGCACAUACAGGGCGAGAAGGUCAGCGAUGCUGUGGAGACUUACAACAUCUGCUCUGAGGUCCAGGUGGUCAACACAGAAAGAUCACACCUGGCACCUCAAACUCCCCAGAAGCCCCCGUUCAUCCCCAAACCUACCAUCUACAAACCUGAUGCCAUCCCAGCCACCCUGGAGUCAGCGAGUCCAUCCCCGGGCUUUCAGAUUCCAGGGACGGAUCAUGAAUACGAGCACGUGUCAUUUCACAAAAUCAUCGCAGGGAGUGUGGCUCUGUUCCUCUCGGUAGCCAUGAUUCUCCUGGUGAUCUAUGUGUCUUGGAAAAGGUACCCAGCCAGUAUGAAACAACUCCAACAGCACUCGCUUAUGAAGAGGCGGCGGAAAAAGGCAAGGGAGUCAGAGAGACAAAUGAAUUCCCCUUUACAGGAAUACUACGUGGACUACAAGCCGACAAACUCUGAGACCAUGGAUAUAUCGGUUAAUGGAUCUGGUCCCUGCACAUAUACCAUCUCUGGCUCCAGGGAGUGUGAGAAUGCUGAUUCAAAAUUCACCAAGAAGGAAGAAAGACUUUAAAGAAGGACUAGACAACAGGUGUCCUAGAAUUUUUUCCAGAGAUGUGAAAUUACAGAUAUUUUCUUUCAAAAUUCCUGGACUCUACUGUGAUGUGAAAUAAAAGAUCUUUUAUCUCAUAAAAAUGUAAUUGAAAACACAGAAUACCAUAUUUGCUGAGCAGAGGACUGUGUAGCUAUGAAAGUGAACUGGCAGGAUUGAUUAUUGAAACAUUGGUCAGCAAGUAGCAUAUAAAACAUUGUAAUGAUACUGUUGAGUCAAGUAGCAGCUACUAGGGAUGAAAACUCUUCAUCCUGGAACUUGGGAGAUGGUUGGCUAUAUAUCUUUCCCAACAUUGCCUUCUAUGGGCCAAGGAAAAAAACUUAAGUAAGUUAAACUUUAAAAAAGCAUCAUUUUAUUCAGAAACAAGUAUAUCUCAAUAACGCAGACAUCACUCUUAUUUUGGAUAGCAUAUUUAGAUAUUAGUAAUAGACAGAUUUUUUUUUAAAUUAGGAAAUGACAAUUAGGGAGGUCCUCAGCAUCUCCUCUUUGUCACAAAAUGUUCUGCUGUUAAGAGAAUGUCCUUUAUAGAAAGGUACUCUAUGAAACAGAGCCAGGAAAUGAGGCAACUAUUUUCCCAAAUUGAUAUUUUAGCAAUUACUGUAUUCUGUCUUGAGUCUGGCACUGUUUACAUAAUUCAUAAUAUUAGCAGUAUAGAUUCUGAACAAUUAUUUGUAUGUUUAUAAUACCAUUUUGUGAUUUAAAAAAAAAAACAUAAGAAACUAUCAAAGCAGUAAGGAUUUCACUAGAACACAUUGCAGUGAUUGUUAAAUUUCUAAGACAAUGCCUUGAAAAAGAAGGUAUUCAAUGGAAGAUUCAUUCAACUAAACUGUGAUACAUUUAGUUGUCAUAAACUAUACAUAGCUGAAAUACCCACUUAAUCUGGUUAAUAGUAACAUGAAACUGUUAUGCUCUCUCAUAAGAUGGGAACUGUGAGCAGCCACUCAGAAAAUAUCAUCUUCAAUAUGUUUCCCUGUGUGCUUUGCAAGGGGCAGCUUUAAACAAUUCAUAUGCAAAUAUCAGACUAAUAAAUUGAAAGACAAUAUUUUAAUUGCAUAGGCAGUAAAAAUUUCUCACAUCUAUAAAAGAAGAAUUCAGUAGAUAGAUGUGAGUGAUGAAUAUGAUUAAUGGAAUAAGUAUGAGAAGCUUACAUGUAUCUGUCACCAUCUUGAAUAAAUCAGUGUACUUGAUUGAGCAGUCAUCGAAUUUGCCUGUCUUUGGAAGGACUAAACAAAAUGAACUCAAAGCUGAUGACAUUCACCUAAAACUUAGGAAGAUGUUACUAAAACCAGAGGCAGCUUCAAUCCUUACUUUCCAAACUAGCUUGUGAAAUCUUAUGCAACUUCUUCUCAUUAAUCAUAUCACAGAGAUGAUGACUGCAUAUGCAUCAUUCUUUAUACCAUUUCACCCCUAGGUAUAUUAAAGAACAAACCUUCCAAUAUAUGGUUCUUCUAAGGUUUUCUUUUUCAACUGAUAGAAAUAAUGACAUUUACAAAAUUAGCCUAUGUGAAUGAAGGAAAAUGGAAAUAAUUUCUAGUUCGUCUUUCACAUUUUAAAGUAGUGCCAUUGUUGAAGCAUGAAAGACAAUGAAAAAAGUCUCCAAGAUUCUUCAUGAAAAGAGCUUAAAAUGUGAAGUCCUAAAAGUUUAUCUUGAAGCAUCCAUCCCAUAAUGCUAACAGUGCUACCAUUAAGGAGAAUGUCAGUAUGUAUGACAACUUAACUGUUUAUUUUCCAUAUUUUUGUUAUUUUAAUUACACAUUUUGAAAUAAGUAUGUAACAUAGAUAGUUUAUUCUUGUCUCUCAUGACUGUGCAGCAAGAUGGUAUAGGCUCCAGCUAACAAUUUGUAUAGACAUAAUUGAUGGUAUUAUGUCAAGUGCAAACUAUUGACUUAGGAAGUAAUGUUAUCUCCUUUUGGCACUUUAGAAGUUGGCUUUUUUAGGUUGCUAAAUUGAUUUCCAAGAACAGGAAGUUUUUAAUACAUAUUGAAAGAGGGUUCUUAGGUGAACUGGGCCAGUGUCGUUGUCUCAUUAACCACUUACUGAAAUAGUUGUAGAACAUACAACUCUUAUUUUGAUGAAUUAAAUUAUGUCAGGGUGAACUAUUAUAAUUGAAGCUAUAUAUUGUGCAGUCAUAUGCACAAUAUUUGUGUAUAUGUGUGUUUAUAUAAGAAUUGUACAUGUAUGCAUCAGUGUAUUCAUAUGUCUUUUUAUAGAUAUAUAUGCAUUUGUAGAAGACAGAUGAUAUGAAAAAAUGGGAAAUAUAUGUUACAUUAGAGUUAAUGACUACUUUCAAUAUCAAUGAAAAUAAUAUGGUGUUAGAAUUACUAAGGUUUGUUAGAAAUAUUGUUUUUAAGUAAUCACAUAAUCUAUUUUUAUAAAAGCAUUUAAUGAAGUCAAACUUGAAUCUCUAUGAUAUAUUGGCAUUUUAUUGUGACAGGGAAUUAACUAAUUCUUUUUCUUUGAUCUAUCACUCAUAUUGUAUUCCACUAUCAUAGGAUUUCCCAAGUCAAAGCAAUCUUCAAUCCAGUAAAUUUUGUAAAAUCUCUGGAGUCAUGUACAGAAUUAAGUCCAGAAAGAUGAGACAUACAGGAGAAACCGAGCUAUUUUUAUUCCUUUGGCUAUGAGAAAAGGAAUAAUAAAGAGCACAUUGAAUUAUUAAAAAUCGGCUGCUCAGGUGAGUGGUCAUACAAUCCUCCCAUUUGGGAGAAAAUAUAUAUGCCGUACAUGGGCAUGAUGAGCAUCCACACAUCCAGGUAUAUAUACCUGUGCUUGUAUCUUACAUUCUGCCAAGUAGCUACUUAUUUUGAAAGCACUUAAAGUAUGAUGCCUUUUAAAAAUAUCGAUUGUCUGACUUGAUCCAAUUAAAAUCUCUUUGUGAAUGGUGUUUUCGUUAGAAUUUGAAACUGGUACUUGUUAGGAGUGACAGCUGCCAACAAGAUCUGACAUGACAAAUUCAAGAAAGAUUUUUUUUAACUGACUAAAAUGGUUCAGUUUUUUUCUAGAAUUCUCUGGAUACAGAAUCUGAAGACAUGGUUUGAAGCAUGGGUUGUGCUCUAAGAAUCCAAGCUGAGAAUUCUAAGGACUUAAGAAUAUAUAGAUUUCAUUUAAUACACUAACUUACAUAAUUCCAUUAUUUUUCUUAGUGCUAAUUUUUUUUCUAUAUUGGAUGAAGCAUAUCAUCUCUAUCCUCAAAUUUGCCUUCAUAGACAACACUGUGCUUUAGAGGUUGUUUGGCAACAUCAGCAUUGGUGACUCAUCUGACUGCUCAUGUCUCUGGAGUUCUGUGAUUCAGUAAAUCAAGGGUAGUGUGGCACCUUGGGUGUUACCAAGCAUUAGGGAUUAUGGAACGUUAGUAUUUCUUUUGGUUAGGGAAAUAUGUGAAGUGAUGUUGAAUACCUUUUAAAAAUUAAAAUUGCUUUCUACAGUACUAGAAGAGUCAUAAUUCAUCCAGUCAGUUUAAUAAAAUCUCAAUAUUCUUAAAAGGGAGAGAAAUUAUGAGGCUAUUUUUCUCAUGCUCUCCAUAAGCCAUUGAAAUAUUAAGGAGGGGUUGAGGAAGGUUGAUAAAAAUCACAGUAUUUUCUAUGGUAUCAGAAUCACUGGUUUUCAAAUGAGUAGUUCCUGCAUAGUACCCAAUUCACCCUUAAA